AUGUUCAAUGUGGAGGCCUUUGCCAAAUAUCUUUCACAAAACGUUCAUGUUUUCAACAAGACCAACAAUAAUCAUCAUACAACAAGCCUUUCCCUACAGAGCAUUGUACAAUUUUCGGAUGGGCAAUCAAAUCCUUCUUUUAAAGUUGUUAUUCAAUUAGCACCAACAACAACAUCAUCAAAGGAUCAACAACAACAAGUAAAUACAAUUGAAUUGGUUUUAAGAAAGAAACCACCUGGAAAACUCCUACCUUCAGCUCACGAUAUUUACAGAGAAUAUGCCAUCAUGAAGAGUUUGCACUCGAUUGGAUUUCCAGUGCCGAACAUGUACUUGUAUUGCAGGGAAACUGAAGUGAUUGGCACUGAAUUUUACUUGAUGGAGUUUGUGAGAGGUAGAAUUUUCAAGGAUGCUACCUUUACUCAAAUGCAUAAAGUUGUUGGAGGAGGAGUUUCAGAUGCAAAGGGACCAGAUCAAUUGACUGCCGAUGAUAGAAGAGAAAUGAUGAUUGAUUUUGUGAAAACUUUAUCCAGAUUGCAUAGUGUGAAUUUUAGAGAUUUUGAAUUGUUGAAUGGAUUGUAUAAACAGGCAGCAUCAUCAUUGAAUAAUAAUAAUGGACAAAAGAAGGAGAAUUACUAUGAGAGACAGAUUACAACUUGGACUAGACAAUAUGUUGCUUCUGAAACUCAUGAAAAUGAAACUAUGAAUCGAUUGAUCAAGUGGUUGCCUCAAAAUAUUCCACAAGAGACUUUGACAGAAUCUUCAUGUAUUACACAUGGUGACUACAAGUUUGAUAAUGUAAUAUUCCAUCCUACCGAGAAUAGAGUAAUUGCUGUUUUGGAUUGGGAAUUGUCAACUUUGGGUCAUCCAAUUGCUGAUUUGGCCUACUCUUGCAUGUAUUAUCAUUUUCCAAGAAUGCCUGGAUUUACUGGUCUCAAGGAUGUAAACUUCCAAAAGACUGGUAUUUUAACAGAGGCUGAAUGCUUAAAUUUGUACACUACCUUUGCCAAGCGUAAACCAAUCGACAAGUGGCAUUUCUAUUUGGCAUUUUCAAUUUUCAGACUUGUUGGAAUUACUCAGGGAGUCUAUAAACGAUACAAACAAGGAAAUGCAAGCAGUGAUUAUGCUCUUCAAGUUGGUUUGUUAGCUGGUUCAUUAUCAGAUGUUGCCUGGGAAUUGAUUGUAAAUUCAGAGAAGGACAAUUUGACAGUGAGUGAUUCUGGAUUGAAUUUUGGUCUCUCUACCAAAGCUCUUCGUCUCAAGGAAAAAUUGGAAAAGUUCAUGAAUGAACACAUUUAUCCAGGUGAAAAGAUUUUUGAAAAUCAAAUUCACGAAAUGAAGGACAAGUGGGAUACUCCUCCAAUUCUCGAAGAAUUAAAAGAAAAGGCAAAGAAGGAAGGUUUGUGGAAUUUCUUCCUCGUGCACCAUCAUCCAACUGAACACUUGACAAAUGUGGAAUAUGCAGUUUUGGCAGAAAUUAUGGGAAGAUCAUUUAUUGCACCAGAAGUAUUCAAUUGUAAUGCACCAGAUACAGGAAAUAUGGAAGUCUUGAUGAAAUUUGGAACACCAGAACAAAAGGAAAAGUAUUUGAAACCACUAUUGGACGGCAAAAUCAGAUCAUGUUUUAGCAUGACUGAAUACAAUAACAGUUCAUCUGAUGCUACCAAUGUACGUUCCACCAUUAAAAAGACACAGGAUGGAAAGCACUACAUUAUCAAUGGUGUCAAGUGGUUCAUUACUGGAGCUGGUGAUAAGAGAUGUAAAUUCACCAUUUUCAUGGGUCAAACUAAUCCAGAACAUCCAAGCGUCCACCACAGACAAUCAAUGGUUCUCAUUCCUUUGGAUGCACCUGGUGUUAAAUUGGAGAGAGCUGCCAUUACAUUUGGUCUUGAUGAUGCACCAUCUGGGCAUUGGUCAAUCACAUUUGAUAACGUCAAGGUUCCAGUAUCGAAUUUGAUUUUCGAGGAAGGACAAGGAUUUAACAUUGCUCAAGCCCGUCUUGGUCCUGGAAGAAUUCACCACGCCAUGCGAAUGAUUGGCUUGGCAGAGAGAACAUUUGAACAGAUGGUUAGAAGAGCAAAGGCCAGAAAAACAUUUGGAAAGACUCUCUCACAACAUGCCAUCAUUCAACAAUACAUUGGAGAAUCGAGAAUUGACAUUGAACAGGCAAGACUAUUGGUUUUAAAGGCAGCUUACAUGAUUGAUAAGGUGGGAGCUAAACAUGCUCGUGCUGAAAUUGCCAUGAUUAAGAUUGCCGUUCCAAGAGCCACUAAAAGAGUUGCAGACAGAGCUAUUCAAGUAUUUGGGGCUGAAGGAUUAAUGACAUCCCCUGCUGACUAUACAUCACCAAUCGAAGAAUCAGCAUUCAGCAUUGCUCGUGUUUGGAUUGGUGCUCGUCAAUUGCAACUUGCUGACGGUCCUGAUGAAGUUCACUUGAUCAAUCUUGCAAAACAACAAAUUUCUAAACUGUAA